CGGCGUUCUCUGGCCCCCGUGGUAGCCUGCCUGUCCCGGGGAGCCAGUCUGGAGAGCAUGGAGGUGGUUCCCCAGGACGCGCCGCCGGCGCCCUCGGAGCCUCGGGGGCUGCGCUGGCUGCUGGCGCUCGACUUCCGAAAAGAACUGCGGGGGCUGCUGCGGCUGGCCGGCCCGGUGUUUUUGGCUCAGCUGAUGAUGUUCCUAAUCAGUUUCAUAAGUUCGGUGUUCUGUGGCCACCUGGGAAAGCUGGAGCUCGAUGCUGUCACCCUCGCAAUUGCUGUUAUAAAUGUCACUGGCAUUUCAGUUGGAUUUGGCUUGGCUUCAGCCUGUGAUACGCUCAUCUCCCAGACAUAUGGCAGCCGCAACUUGAAGUAUGUUGGGGUCAUUGUUCAAAGAGGAAUCCUCAUGCUUCUCCUCUGCUGUUUCCCGUGCUGGGCGGUCUUCAUUAACACGGAGCAGAUCCUACUUCUUUUUAGGCAGGAUCCAGAUGUGUCCAGGCUUACCCAGACCUACGUCCUGAUCUUCAUCCCUGCUCUUCCUGCAGCCUUCCUUUACAUAUUGCAGGUUAAAUAUUUGCAGAACCAGGGAAUAAUACUUCCCCAGAUUGUUACGGGAGUGGUGGCCAACAUCCUCAAUGCCCUCAUUAACUACGUGCUUCUCCAUCAACUGAGCCUGGGUGUGAUGGGAUCUGCACUGGCAAAUACCAUUUCCCAAUUCUCCCUCACCCUCCUCCUCUUUCUGUACAUCCUCUGGAGAAAGCUGUACCUCGACACCUGGGAAGGAUGGUCUCUCGAGUGCCUACAUGAAUGGGACUCCUUCCUUCAGCUGGCCAUUCCAAGCAUGCUCAUGCUCUGCAUUGAGUGGUGGGCGUAUGAGAUCGGGAGCUUCCUCAGUGGUACCAUCAGCAUGGUGGAGCUGGGAGCCCAAUCUGUUGUCUAUGAGCUGGCUACAAUAGUAUACAUGAUCCCCACGGGAUUCAGUGUGGCCGCCAGUGUUCAUGUGGGAAAUUCUCUGGGAGCGGGGGAUGUUAAGCAGGCCAAGAUAUCUUCAGCUGUUUCUCUGCUGACCACAGAAAUGUUUGCUGUCACCCUGUGCAUCAUACUUGCCAGCUGCAAGGAUAUUGUUGGGUACAUUUUCACCAGUGACAAAGACAUCAUCACCCUGGUCUCCAAGGUCAUUCCCAUCUAUGCCUGCUCCCAUCUCUUUGAUGGCUUUGCUUGUACAUGCGGUGGGAUUUUAAGAGGAUCAGGAAAUCAGAAGAUUGGGGCCAUCUUGAAUGCUAUUGGCUAUUAUGUCAUUGGUCUCCCCAUUGGAAUCUCGCUGAUGUUUGCGGCUGACCUGGGGGUGAUAGGUCUCUGGUCAGGCAUAAUCAUCUGUUCCAUCUUGCAAGCCGCCUGCUUUCUGGGCUUCAUCUUACGCCUGAACUGGGAAAAAGCCAGUGAAGAGGCUCGAGUACGGGCUAAGUUAAAGGGAAAAGUGACCAAGGUGAGGAGCCACCAAGAUCGGGUCAUCUAUCAGGGCCCAAUUCCAUCAGUGGACUCAGAACACCAGGCUGGUGUUUUACUGGGAGAUGCAGGCGAUGCUGUCCACAAGGAGGAGAGCCAGGCAGAACAGCCAGAGGAGCCCCUUUCUAGGCCCCCUUCCAAAAACAAUGCCCAAUCUCUGAAAGACUUGGCCCUCCGGAGGGGGCUGGCGCUCCUGGCUGCCAUUUUAAUCUUGGUGGCUGGUAUUUUGGUGAGGCUCUAUACAGGAACAUAAUACACCCAUGUCAAAGGACUGAUGGAAAAUCAUUUCCACUCCAUAUUAAGACCAGUGAAGGAUUCAGUGUUAAAUCUCCUUCCCUGUUCCCCCAAAGAAGGUAGUAAUCAGCCACCAGCCAAGGACAGGCUUCGUGGUGCAGUGGAAAGAACAUAGGACCUGGAGUCAGAGGACCUGAAUUCAAAUCCCUAGCUCAGCCACUCCCUGCUCCACACGGGACAUUGAACAACUUGCGUAAUGUCUCUCGGGAGACCUCUUGGCCUCAGUUUCCUCAUCUGUAAAAUGAAGAGGCUGGCCUCCAAGGUCCCUUCCAGUUCUCAAUCUGACUCUGCUGUGCCUGUAGAUUUCCUUUGAGAAUCGGCAGGGCAAGGACCUCCUGCCUGCCUGCUGAAAAGGAGCCAAGCUGGACCCAGGGUCUUGUCCCUUCCUUUUCUCUGAAAGGCUCCUACAAGGGUUAACUCAUCCGUCGAUGACUCGGAGAAGAACUUUGGUUACCAGCUAUGUAUUACGCUCUGCUAAUGUUGUAGCUCAUCAUUCGGGUUUUUCUUUUUUAGAAAGCAAAGACCCUGCAUUGGGAAGGGCUCGUGGAAAUGUUAAAAGUCCAUUUUCAAACCCUUCUCUCUCAAUAAAUUGGUUUUCUCCCUUCGCA